AUGCGUUUCUCGUCCAGCAUUGCCUCUGCCCUCUUGGGUUUGAGCUCCGUCGUUUCUGGAUCCGUCGUGCACAAGCCUGUUGCUGUUGCUGAAAGAGCACUGGAAUAUGUGAUCAAGCCAAAGAUGGUCAUCAUCUCCAUGUUUGCUCCCGAGGCUGAGAUCUGGUACGGCAUUCCCGAGUUCAACCUGCUGGCAAGAAACAUCACCCUUCCUGGCGCUUCGCCCUUGUUCCCUGAUGUUCACUGUACCGAGGAUGGAGAUGUCUGCCAGGUCAUCACGGGAGAGUCUGAGAUCAAUGCCGCCGUCACCAUCGCCUCGCUGGUCCGUAGCCCUCGCUUCGACCUGACCACCACUUACUUCAUGAUUGCCGGUAUUGCUGGUAUCAACCCUGAGGUCGCUACCAUCUGCUCCGUCACCAUCGCUCGCUACGCCGUCCAGUACCCCCAAAACAUCUACGGCACUGAGGUCUUCGAGGCAACCCUCAAUGACUCUGACGCCGCCAUUGCCUACCGUGCAUUGUACGCCCACGAUCAGAUCUACGCCGCUGGUGCUUCCCCCAGCGGCCCCAGUGUCGUCGAGUGCGACGUUGCUACCUCCGACGUCUACUACUCAGGCCCCUUGCUCGGCGAAGCCUUUGGAAACUUCACCACCCUGAUCACCAACGGCACUGGCAACUACUGCUCCACCGCCCAAGAAGACAACGCCACCCUCGAAGCUUUGCUCCGCGCUGCCGCCGAGAAACUCGUCGACUUCAGCAGAAUCAUCGUCAUGAGAACUGCCUCUGACUUUGACCGUCCUUUCCUCGGCGGCUCGGCUACCUACAACUUGUUCGAGUCUUCGGCACAGGGUGCUUUCUUGCCUGCCGUCAACAAUCUCUACCUUGCUGGUAUCCAGAUCGGUGUCAAUGCUACCAACUACAUCGGCGAUAUUUUCGGCACUCUUGGUGGUGAGCCUGACUUUGGUCUUGGUCCUGUGGUUUCUGGCGAUAUCCUCAGCAAGAGAGACGUUCUUGCCAAGAGAGGCGUCAAGAGCAGAAGACACAUGCCCGUCCAUCUUCCUCGUGCUUGA